AUACUAAAAUAUUGCGUACGAACAAAGCUGUAAAUGUGCGUACGCACAAAAAAAAACAGAUGUAUGAAUCUCUGCGUACGAAGGAUCCCACGCAUAUUCUCUUUGUACAUCCCAAUUAACGUAAAAUUGAGCGCACAUGCACGAGCAAAACGCCCCACCCAGUCUCCUCCCCAAAUUAAAUUAAUUUAAAUAUGGUAAUUAGUCCAAUUUGGUAAAAGAAACCUGCAAGAACAUGGCUAAAGCAAGCAAAAAACGAAAUUUCACUGAAAAUGAAUUAGAGGUGCUACUAUCAGAGGUAGAAACAAGAAAAAAUGUUUUAUUUGGAACUUUGUCCUCUGGAAUUAAUAACAAAAGAAAGAAAAAAGAGUGGGAGAGUUUGUCUGAAGCAGUCAACCAGGUGGGAUCUGAGAGUCGCACCGUAAAUGAACUUAAGAAAAAAUGGUCUGACAUAAAGGUGGAAGUUAAGCGGAGAACUGCUGCGCACCGACAAAGUGUGGGCAGAACAGGCGGUGGUACAGGGGCCGAUGAACUUACACCCUUUGAUCAGAGAGUUGCCUCUAUUGUAGGAGACACGUUAAUCUCUGGAAUCGUGUCCGUUGAUGUGGGAGACUCAGAUAUGAUACAGAACUGCCAGCAAGGAACCACAGGAACAACAGCAGGAACGUCCACUGGCACGCACUCAGAGUCCGCACCACCCGAGCAGCCAGAGCCCAUUCAGUCCAGCGUCUCCGGUGUCUCUAAUGCUCCCCCCAGUGCUGAAGCCCGUCCAUCUGGCCGCGUCUUAACGCAUGCUGUUCUGGAGUCACAACAGCAAAUUGUUCGGGCCAUUGGAGAAAUGAACAGUCACCUGAAAAAUGUCACUGACGCACUCACAGAAAUAAGCAACUCAUUAAAGCAAUUGGUCAAAAAAUGAA